UAAAAUAAUUAUAAUACCUAUAUUUAGGUCUUUUUUUCAAAGUUCAAGCAGAAAGUGAAAGGUGCUGCAGUGCUAUGAACGGGGAAUACCAAAUAGUAAUCGAAUCGGAUAAAGAGCAGGCUACUAAAAGACAAUGGAAACUUGGUAGUUUUAAGGAGUUCACAAAUGAGGCGGGACUCAGAGCACUUUUUGCUGAAUUUCUUGGAACCUUCAUGCUCGUACUUUUCGCUACAGGUGGAAUAAACCCCAGGAUCAUAGCGAGAUUAGAUGACAGCGGAACCACGGAUCUCUUUAACUUUUCCACAUCCUUCGGAGUUGGGAUGACUGUAUGUUUGAUGAUCUACCUAUGUGCGGAUGUGUCAGGAGGUCAUGUGAACCCCGCCAUCUCACUAAUGUUCUUCCUGGAUACUCAGAUCUCCUUCAUCAGAAUGAUUUGUUACAUUUUCGUGCAGUUCUGUGGUGGUUUCGCUGCUGCAGGUUUACUGUGGGGAAUUGGUAAUUUUGAGGGUCUUCCAGAUUUCGCACCUCCAACAUUUGAAAAUUUUCCUUUUAUCAAAGUAAUAGUGUUCAUGGUAGCUGGUAGCUGGAUGUUGAUACUGGUCACUCUGGCAGCAAUUGACACUAGAAGAGGUCAUGCUGAUUGUUUCCUUCAACCAUUCGCUAUCGGAAUGAGUGUUCACGUUGCUCUCCUCUUCAUGGGACCAUAUGUCGUGACUGGUCUUAAUCCAGUAGUGAUUUGCUGGUAUAUAGUCUGCGGAGUCUGGACUCACCAUCUAUGGGCUUUUGGACUUCUUCCGUUUUUGGGGACAGCUACUGCAGUUGCUGUUUACAACGGAAUCCUGCGUCCUUACAAGGCGUGAAGGAUGAGCUACGUGUAAAAAAUUAUUGUAUGGCAUUCUUAUCAGUUUUGUGGUUAUCUACUUAUUACGUUGUGUUUAGAUUGUUUUACAAAAUAAUCGGCUGUAUCUUCGGUAAGGGUGGAUAAUUUUUGAUGCAAAAAAAACUGACUAUCAAAAAUGUAUUUACUAUUAGCUUCUUCCCUGUGACCCUGGGCUUUUAGUACAUAGUAACAUAUAAUACUCAAUUGUUUACCGCCGAGUUCAACAAACGUUAACAUAAUUAUCGAUGAUAUAUUUAAAAUGUUUUAUUAUGCCUAUGGUUUAUUACAAAUUUGAAAAUAUUCUGAAUAUUUCU